UAGUGGCUUCCGCCUUCCCGCCGUCGCCCGUCGGUCGCGGUGGUGGUGCGCGGGGAGCGAAGCCGGGAGUUUGCGGGGUGCCGCUGCAGCGAUGGCGUCGCUACUGCCGCGCAUCGAGCGGCUCUCGUCGCGGGUGGUGCGGGUACUGGGCUGCAACCCGGGGCCCAUGACGCUGCAGGGCACCAACACCUACCUGGUGGGCACUGGGCCCAGAAGAGUCCUUAUUGACACUGGGGAGCCAGCUACUCCUGAAUAUAUUGGCUGUUUAAAGCAGGCACUGUCAGAGUUCAGCAUCUCAAUUCAAGACAUUUUAGUGACUCACUGGCAUUAUGAUCAUAGUGGUGGAAUACCUGAUAUCUGCAAAAACAUCCCUAAUGACUCUGAAUAUCGCAUCUGUAAGCUUCCUCGUGUCCCUCACCGUGAAGAAAUAAUAGAAGAAGGACGUGAAUAUUUUUAUCUUAAAGAGGGAGAUGUGAUACAGACAGAAGGAGCCACACUCAGAGUUUUAUAUACACCUGGACACACUGAUGAUCACAUGGCUUUACAUCUAGAAGAAGAAAAUGCUGUGUUUUCUGGUGACUGUAUUUUAGGGGAAGGAACAACAGUAAUUGAAGACCUGUAUGAUUACAUGAAAACUCUGAAAAGGUUGUUACAAAUGAAACUAGAUUUAAUAUAUCCAGGUCAUGGCCCAGUAGUACGUGAUGCAAAUACUAGAAUCCAAGGCUACAUUUCUCACCGAACUGCACGUGAACAGCAAAUUCUAAAUGUUUUCCAGACGAAUGCUGGAAAAUCAUAUACAUCCUCGGAGCUUGUAAAGCUAGUAUACAAGGACAUCCCUGAAAAUUUACUUCGAGCAGCAGAAAAUAACCUCCUAGUCCACUUGAAGAAGUUGGAAAAAGAAGGCAAAGUGUUACAUGAGGCAUCUUCCAACUUCAGAUGGAGAAACAAUUUAUAAGUUAUGCAAGAUUGCUCAAGAAUAUUUUUAAUCUGCACAUUACAGCAUGAAAAAAUAAAAUUAUGAUCUCAGACAAUAUGUAAAAUAAAAACUAAUUCUUCCUUUUUUUAAAGUGGUAACACAAUUUUAAAGCAAUGUCACAGUCGGUUAACUAAUGUUUUUCAUAUUCUUCUUUAUGGGAAUUUUUAAAAUGACCUGAUAGGUACUGAGUUAAUAAAAUGGAAUGAGUGUGAAGAACUGAAUGUUAUCUCUGCUAUAAAAGACCCAGCUUUAUCAUCGGUGGCAGAAAACAAAUAGCAAGGUCUUAUAAACUUAAUAUUACAGUAUUAUAAAGCAAUAUUAUAAACUUAAUGAAUCAGACAUAUAAAAAAAUCUCUGGUAAAAAAAAUUUAAAAGAUGUUAUUCUAAACCUGUUUUCAUUUGCUUGUGCUUUACAAAAAGUUACUUUCUAGUAAGUUAUCUGUACAUUCUAAAAACCAAGUUAUUUUUGUUAACAGAUGUAAAUACUGGGGUUGAUAUUCCUUUUCUAUUUUAGCUGCCUGUCCACAUCUUUGGUGGUUGCUCACUGCAAUAGGAUUUAGCAAACACUGAAAGUAAUUCCAGACUUCUCUGGAAAUGGUAGUGGAAACACCAUUUCUGUGGAAUUCUUUCAAAGGAUUCAUUAAUUCUAACUAAUCAGUGUCAAUGCACAGCGUCGGAGCAGACACUUGCAUUCUUUAUCUUACAGGAUUCUGCAAGAAUGUGAUUAAAAAGCUGUAUAAAUUGAGAUAUGUAUUACACACCACAUGAAGUUAAGUUUGUCUAUCACUUUAUAACUAACAAGCUUCAAGUUUUGCUAUUAAAUCCAUUUAAACUACAGAUAUUUUAACUAAAGGUUGUAUUUGGUGGUAAGAUACUGUAUAGUGUAUUAAAAUACAACAUUGGAAGAUUGAACUGCAAGUUCAGUUCUCUGUGUAGCUUAAACUUUCAGAAUAGUGUAUAAAUAUUUGCAUUACUUGCUUUCAAAUUUUUUGUGAUAUAUACACUUCUUAAUGCUAGCUCAACCUUAAAAAAAAAAAAAAAUACCAAAACUACCAAAGACAAAUAUAUGUCCCUGAAAAUCCUUGAAAACCUUUCACCAUUCAAUCCUGUACCUUCAUUUGUGAAACAUGCAUAUGUUUGGGUAUUUAAGGCAUGUCUUAAUAAUUAUCAUUAUUUUAUGAAGUUGGUGGCAUUUCUUCUAAUCAGCUGAGCCAAAUCCAGUACAAAAGUACUUCAAGGAACAGCAAUCCAAAACUGAAAUUGUAUUCUGAAGUAGUAACCAGACACCUGAAGAGUGGAAAUAAUAACUUUCUGCUCUAUAAAAUGAUGCUUUUUGUGAACUUCAUUUAUCUGAUUUUUGGCCACGUCAUGACUCUUGCUCACUUUCAACUUUCUGUGCAGUGCCAUUUUGAGGUCUUUCCAUAAUUACUCAGAAGGUUUCACGUGGACUUCUUGCCAUUAAUAAUUAUUGUUUUCCUGUAGCUAUUUCAUGAAUUUAUAGUUACCUUUUCCAUUGUUAGGAAUGAAGAGAUAAUUAUCAGUGUUUUCUUUUAAAAAAGCUUAAUUCACAUGCUCUGAAUGAUGUCAUUUUGCUUCAGGAAAAUAGAAAGAUCAGUGAAAUGGCACAAUUUUCUGUCAUGAGGUCUGAGAACAUAAGCCAGCAGGAAACUCGUAUGAAGAGGUGAUGUCUCAUUACCUUUCUGAGCCAAAUAAGAAAUCUGCUGUCAGGCAAAAUGUCACUGAACCAUUUUCUUCUGUUUUACUACACUUCAUUUUUAAAUACAUGGAAAUGGCUUUAGAAUUCAGUUCAGGUAUCAUUGGAACUUGCAGGCAGCAAAGAAAGCAAGAAGAUACAAAUCAGAGAAUUCUGUGCACCAUGCUGUGAUGCAGCAGAUGCCUGACGUUCUCAAAAAAAAUGAGGGAGAUUGCAGUUUAACCAGACUUGUGAUUAAUGAUUGUGUAUGGUGUCUCUGGAAUAUUAAAAGCAGAGGUUGCACUGUUACUAAAAUGUAUACACAAUAAAGGAUACUUACAUCUGCUAUGAUAUGUUGCAAAAGUCUAAAGACUCCUUGUUGAUCAUGAGAUUAUAAGUCAGAAGGAGUGUUUAUUUAAAAAGAGUGGUAACGUAAGCUAUAUGCCAUGUAUGUAUAAAAAGGGGGAUUAGCCAAUUUACGUCCUUUGUAUUGAAUACAUUCAUCUGUGCAGAAUGCAUUAAAAGUUAAGAAUAAAAACAAGACAAGGGGCAAUUUCUGUCUCAUCAAGCUAGAAUGGCAAAUGUCAUUUGAUGCAUUAACUUUUUAAACAGCUGAGGACAAAUUGUGUUGCCAGCCUUAUUGCCAGCUAAUUUGAAGAUCCUGUCUUAAGAGGCAGCAUCAUUUACUAGGUUUAAGACCUAGGAAAGAAGUUUGAUGGUAAUAACAACCUUUUGGGGGUUUUCUAUUCUGUUUCUUGCUAACUUCCUUACUUACACUGCAUUUAAAAUGUUGUUCUUGGUUAUAUCUUUAAGCCUGUUUGAUGACGAGUGAAUUCAGGAGAGGCUCCCAAGUAGGAAGGGCAUUGUUCUGUUUGCAUUUGUUACUGCAGGUGCAAUAACAUGCUUCCUACCAAAUCCUCCACAGUCUUGCCAUGUGAAACGGUGUAUUGGGUUUGCGUGGCAAGGUUUUGGUAACAGGGGGGCCACCGGGGUGGCUUCUGUGAGAAGAUGCCAGAAGCUUCCCCCAUUUCAGACUGUUGGCAACUUCCUUCCUAAAUGACGCAAUCAUUUUGAAGCCUAGUAUUUCAAAAUGUGGACAUCGGGAAAGAAACCUGGCAAACAUGGGCCAGCAACCCAUUGGCAAACAGCAGACUGAGGGCUGCAGUCUCGGGUGUUUUAUAUUAGCCCGCUUUGCCUGAAGAGCCCUAAGAAACGUGAUGCAGCAGAAGGGAAAACUCCAAUAAAAGGAAGGUGUGGAAACUGUUCCGAUGAGGCAACAGGUUGCCUUGUUUUCCAUUUCAGUAUAGUAGUUUGCACUGUAUCAUCAGGACAAACACAAAACCAAGUGGAAACCAAGGAGCUCUGUCCUUGUACGAGAGGACGUCGAGCCAGAUGCUCAGCACUCGCUGAUUAUAGCUUGAGGAAAGGAUGUCUUGUCCCAGUUGAGUCCUGUUUGUUAUGUUCUGUGGAGAUGAGAUGACCUGAUUUCUUUUAAAGGCUGAGGUGGGAAAUAGAUGCAAGACUACCUUGCAGAAAGGAUUCUAAUUUUUAUCGCAGCCCAGUUUACUUUCUGGGUGCAGUAUGUUACAUCCCUGACUACACAGUAUGCCAUCAGGGAUAUACUUUCAAAUUGUUAUUGUUGAAAUAACGUUCCUCUUACUUUAGAGUUACAAAAUACUGGUGUGGCCAGGGGAUGAAGAGAUUUCUAUGAUAUAAACCAACUUGGGGCUGAAAUAUGACUGCUUGUUCUGUUUAAA